AUGAAGCUUGGUUCAAACCAUACAACUGUUUAUCGUCAUCUUCAACAACUUGGAAAGGUUCCUAAACUUGGAAAACGGGUGCCUCAUGAAUUGUCUGAAGUGAACCGCAAAUCGCGAGUUGAGAUCUGCUAUUUUCUUCAUAUUCGUGACCUUACCUCGCCCUUUUUGGAUAGAUUUGUGACUGGUGAUGAAAAAUGGAUCUUUUAUAAAAAUGUCAAGGUUCUUCUCUCUAUCUGGUGGGAUUGCAAAGGAAUUAUUCACUUUGAGUUGCUGCCAACUAAUGCGACAAUCAAUGCUCAAGUCUAUUGUCAGCAAUUAGAGCGUUUGAACGCGGCUUUAAAGAAAAAAAGACCUGUUUUAGUGAAUGGAAGAGGAGUGGUGUUUCAUCAGGACAAUGCACGACCCCACACUGCAAAAAUCACGUCCCAAAAGAUUGAAGAACUUGGUUGGGAGAAAAUUCCUCAUCCGCCUUAUUCUCCCGACCUUGCUCCUUUAGACUACCAUUUGUUCCAUAGUUUACAGAAUCAUUUGGAUGGAUUAACUCACACAAGCCAUGAGGAGGUCGAAACUGACAUUUCAGAGUUCUUCUCUUCGAAACCGAAAGAGUUUUUUAGUAGGGGGAUUAAAAAGCUUGAUGGAGAGAAGUCAUAG